ACCUGACGUUAUGUCACACUAGUCAUUCGUUUAACCACAAAAUAAUCACAAAAACACGAUUAAUUCUCAUUUUUGCGGUGUUUGGUGCCGUAGACGAUGAUUUUGAGUAAAUUGCGCCCGCUUUUGGGGCAAAAAUCUCUAGCGCUAUGGCGCCCCAUGUCCGACCACCGCGUGUUGCCCAUCCAGCCCUCGCGCUGGCAAUGGACCAAAUUCAAGGACUUGUUCCACUUUUACAUAAUGUUGGGGGUUAUACCGUUGGGGCUGAUCACUGCCUAUGCGAACGUUUUUAUCGGUCCAGCCACCCUUAGUGAGAUUCCUGAGGGUUACACGCCCAAAUAUUGGGAGUAUUACAAGAGCCCCAUUACGCGUUUUUUUGCCCGUUAUGUUAUGACGAGCCCCCAGCAAGACUAUGAGAAGUACUUGGCGUAUUUGUUUAUGGAGAAUGAGAAGCGGCAAUUGCGCAUGUUAGAGACACAGGUUAAGCAGAAAAUUGCCGAACGGAGGGACUAUCAGGCUUAUUAUUACCGUCCGGUUAUGGCCAAGUAUCACAGGCUUCAGCGCGAAGUGUCCGAUUAUUUAGAAACAAUCCGGGGGGAGUAAAACUGUAAGAAUAAUUGUAGUAGCCUGUGCAAGGCGUUGUUAAGGUUAGUCAAUAAACAAAGAAACAAACAAACAA